AUGGCCAACCCUAACCUAUCCGUCCCAACAACCUGUCGCCUCUCCACGCGUCUCUCGCUACAAUGGCUCCCAGAGCCCGCCGGCGAAGAAACAACCGACACAGUCGUCAUGUCCGUGAACGGCUGGUACUUGGACCUCCGCAUGAAGAAAACAGGCGGAAUGGACUGGGCAAUUGCAGGCCAGCGAAUUGUCGAGAGCCAAGACCCAGUCAAAGUGUCUUUCACACACGAACUUGACUCCCACAAUGCCUUUGAAAGUGUUGAUUGUGGUACUUUCGAGCCACUUUCGCCGGGCGUUGAUAAAGAGACUGGGUCUAUGUCCAAUUAUGAUCAGCCCGGGGCUCCUGUGAUGGAGUAUGUGGAGAUCUGGAAGGAGCUUUCUUUCCGAGAGGGGCCUGAGGGGGCCUUGAAGGGCAUCUCGUGGGUCCUUGAGUCGGAUGACGGGGUUGUUAGCGAAGGAGAGCAGGAAGUCUCGGUGACCAAGACAUUCUUGGGCAGGAUCUGGGGGACUUAUUUGGCCCUUCGGCAAACUCAACUCCAUAAGCGCCACAAGGACUCCUCUGGAAAUUGGACUGUGAGUAAGUCUGGACUCGAUGUUAGUGCUAGGAGGGAAGAAUGGGACUCGGGAUGGAUUGAGAAGGUUGUGUUCGGAGGAGCUGCGGAGCUCUUGCCAUCAAUUACUGAUAUUGAAGGCGAAGGAAAGGGAUCUUGGAGAGUUCCAGGCGAGAAAGUGACGAUCAAGGGAAAGUCGUAUAUUGUUCGAGCAUUUGAGGAGAUUCAGUGA